AUGCUGCCUGAUGCGCUCGCGAGAUCCGCUUACAGCGAGAAGACUAUGGCGACUUUCUUGAAUAUGUACAACCCGCAGGGCGUUAUCCACACCACCAACACAGACGCAAAGGAGUUUGUUAGCUUGCUACCCUUGCUUAGCACGCGCGAUGAAGCAUUACAGAUGGCUGCUCUGGCAGUUGGCAUAACACAGCUUGGGGUAACUUCGGAUAACGAAGCUCUCACGCGGCAAGGAAGGACACUGUAUGGGAAAGCGCUCAAGGAAACAGCCGUGGCUUUACAAAACCCCGCUCGAGCGAGUAGCGAGUCGCUGCUUGUUGUACCGCGAGUCAUGGCUCUCUUCGAUAUGCUGUUUGGCGCGGAACCGAAUACGACCAACCAGGCGAAAAGCUGGCUCAGUCACUGUGAGGGUGAGCUAGCUAUGAUAGUCAGCCGUGGCCCGGAGAUAUUCGCGGAAAACGACGCAGCGCAUAGGCUCUUCACUAAUGCAAGAUACCGGCUGCUUGGUCCUGCCAUCCGCGGCAGGAAGCCAACCAUACUCAACGAGGAAGAGUGGAAGACGAUACCUUGGAAAGGGCGGACCAAGUCAUCCGACGACGUUCUCAUCGACAUCCUCUGCGGUAUACCCGAGCUUCUGGGCGCUAUAGACAAGUUACAAUUCGGAAAUCUGAGCGAGCAAGAAAGAGAAGGUUUACAAGUAUACACCAUAGCAAAAUGCUGGACACUGCAUUUCGAGCUCGAAGCUUGGGUCAAUGCAGAAGCGAACGCCAUCUACACACCCGAGAUCGUUAGCAACGCAACGCCAAUCACCUUUCCCAGCAUAGACAUUGCUUGUGUCACAGUACGCUACUGGUUGACAGCCCUCUUCCUAUACUCCACCCUCGAUGUCGCAAGCGGCAUCAAUCUUUAUACCGAUACCUCACUUUCGCACCCCGAUCGCCCACACCCCCGACCAUUUGCCCGCAUGAUUAUGAAGUCAGUCGACUACUUCCUCCAAGAGCAGUUCGGUGUGACGGGUAUCAUGGCUAUAUGGAUGCCACUGGGCAAUUCGCUGUUCUAUUUGAAUAGAAAUCGGAUCCCUGACGAGGAAUACAUAAUGAGCAUCAUGCGGACCUGGCAUAAACCCAAGCUGCCGAGUACGAUGAGAGAGUUUUUGAAGAGUUUUAGGGAAACGGUUGAUUUUAGGACUUUGCUGGCGAAGCCUAUGAGCGAGUUGUGA